AUGCCGGGCUGCGCGCUGUCCUUCCUGCUCUUCUGCGACGGGGAGGCGAGCGCGCGGGCGCUGCGGCCGCACGACGACGAAGGCAUGUGGCGGGGCCGGCUGGACGCGCUGGCGCGCAUCGCCGCCGCGGCGCUGUCCUGCGGAGCUUGCCCCGGCGAGAAGAGCCAGGACAGCGCACCCAGCCGCUGCUCGCUGCUCUUCGUCGGGGACGGCGCGCUUGUCCAGGUGGACGAGGGGAUGCAGCCUGGGACGGUGCCGACGGAGCGGAACCUCGUGCGCUGCUGGCGCCGCGCCGCCCGGGACCGUGAGGGCCGCGCGGGCGAUCGCGGCGCGGGCGGCGAGGCGGCGGAGCCUGGGCUUCGCGGGGCCGUCAGAGAGGUCCUGGGCCAGUGCCCCUCCGGGAGCGUCGUUGCCAUCCUGCACGAGACGGAGGCGGUGCCGCUGCGGAUCUUCGAGAGCGGGUUGGCGCCCGCAGGGAGGGCCCCGCCGGCGGCCGUCUUCGUCCUGGGGGCCGUGCGGGACAUGGCGGCGAGCGAGGUGCAGCUUGUAGAGCGGACGGCUGCGACCGACUUCGGCUUCCGGGUCCUGCGCUGCUGCGUGGGGCGCGAGCCCGAGUUCUCUUCGAAGGUGGUGAGGUGCUUGGCCGCCUCACACAGCAGCGGACUGCUCGCGUCAGCGCUGGCACAGGCCCUGAAGGCCGACAGAGGAAAUCUCGCCGAGGCAGCAGCGGACGAGUCGCUCCUGAUCUCUGCGAUUGCAGUUCUGCCGAUUGACUCGGGCUGCCUGUCUGUGGACGCAGCCGUGCGUCCGCAGCUGCUUGAGAUGGUCCAGAUCAUUGUGGUUGCCCUCUGGAGAUCCCAGGCUGGGAACUCUUACCGAGCGGGCGCCGCAUUGAACGACCUCGCCCAAUUCAUCUCAGAGCAGGGUGGUAGCAUGUAUUCGAGUCAGCUCGCCGACUUUUUGAAGGUGCACCCUGAGCACCAGCGAGUCUUCAAGCUGACGAGCAGGAUCCGCAAGGAGCGUUGCAUGCGCCAGUUCUGCGAGGCCCACCCGGGGGUUUUUCGCUUCGACGAGAACCCCAGCGAGGGCCCUGGGAAGACGAAGGUCUGCCUGCUGAAGUUCUCCCGGAAGGAUCCCCUGCUGCACCUGCUCUUCCGGGACGGCGCGGCCCUGACCCUGAGCACGAGGUUCGUGGCGAGGCUCAUCGAUGCCGGCAAGAGGGCACCCACCGAGAGGCAGGUGCUCGACGGGCUCCUCGAGGAGCUGGCCCUGCGCCGCGGGGCGAGCCCUGGCGCGGGCGCCGAGGAGGCCCUGCGCCGCGCCGUGUCGCUGCACCGCGCGGAGUCCACGCUGGCCCUGCGUGCCGGCUGCCCUGGCGCGCGGAGGGGCAUCCCCCUGCUCGACGGCGAGCCGCCGGCCGGCCCGCCGCCCGCGGGGGGUGCCAGGUGGCCCAGGGAGGUGCUGCUGCUCCUCGACGCUCGGGGCGCGGCGGGCGCCGAGCCCCCGGCGGCCCACGGGGAGGCGGUCGACGACCUGCUGGCCCUGGCGAGGCGGUGCUGCAGGGACCACGGUGUGCCGUGCCGGGCCGCGCGGGUGGCCAGCGGCUGCCCCCCCGCCAGCUUCCUGGCGCUCGUGCAGUUCAUGAAGUACUCGGGGUGCCUGCGCGGUAAGCUGAGCGGCUGCCGUGCGCGGGUCUAUGCCGAGUUCAACAAGUUGUUCCAGCCGGGUGGGCUGAAAACCUUCAUCCAGCAGUACCCCGAAUUUGACUCCGAGCCCAAGGGCGCGAACGGCAUCAUCAUUAUUUGGGCUCACGGAGGGGCACUCCAGGACGUGCCGCCAGUGGCACCAGGCCUUGCCAGUGCAACUGAUCGUGUGGCGCCAGUGGCACCAGGCUCUGCCAGUCACUGGCUGCGCGCCGAGCUUCCGACGCACGCCGAGGCAGUCGCUGCUGACCACAGCGACGCGCCGAACACGCUGAAGGGCAGUCAGUCGCGUUUCCCGCCGCCGUGGCGACUCAAGUGUGGUGCGUGA